AAUCAGUUUGCCUUUACGCGAGUUUUCUAUACAUGUAUAGGCAAUGCUAAAUACAUUUUGUUAACGCUCCGAAGGAUUAAAAGAUGUUUUAUUUUUUGUUUUUCUUUGGCGUAGGUUGUGUUCUAUCCUUUCCAUUAGAAGAUUGCGAUGUUAAGAAACAUCACUUCAGAUUUUUACUGGACUGUCGAUAUGAUGUAGAGGAGCAAAUGAAGAUAUUUAAUCAAACCAAACAUUUUUUUGAGACUGAAAAAGAAUGGAAUAUCCCACGAUUCACCUUAAUGACCUAUUCAGAUAAAGGCAUCUAUUGGAUAAAUAUAACCGACGUUAAGCAUAUAAAGCAAUCAUGCCCUGACAGGAUUCCCUUUGAACAUAUUACCAACCAAUCACAGACAUGGAGCCAGUCCCAGUCUAAGUCUAUUCGAAUAACUGUGAUGUUAGUUUCGUUAUUUCACGAUUGUAAUGUACUGGAUGAAACUAUGACAAUUUUUUUUACUUCUAGGAAGCACAACUUUUUUGUUGUUUUGAAAUCACCGGCAGAUUGUUCGCAAAAUCGCUUUUUUGAAACCAAUCAUAUUCUGCCUUUAAAAUCAUUUGAAGAGUUUAAUAGCGAAGAAUUUUAUUCCAAAGUUUGUUAUAUUAAAUGUCAGAAACAAAAUCAUAGUCUUAUGAUUGGAAAGUUUUUAAAAUCCUACUAUCAUUUAGCAGAGAAUUUGACAAUGUCUAGCAAUGAAGCUCGCCAGUACUGUGCACAGAAACAAAGUAGUUAUUUACUUUCUUUGGAAUCGUAUGAUGAAAUGGAAUUUAUUUUUAGAACAUUUGGAAAACAAGGAGUCGUCGUGCAUGUCGGUAUAAACAUAGUUAGAAAAGGUAGGACUAGACUAACAUGGGCGUCGUCAAACCCGUUUAUUUUAAAAUACCAUUUUAAUUUCCAAGUGUUUAAAAAUUAUUAUGGUUCUAAAUAUCCAGAAAAAUGUUUUAUCAUCAGCAGUGAGAAGUAUGACAAUGAAUCAAUACUACAUGUAGACAGUAAAACCAAUCAACAAUAUAAUAUCAUGGAUGUUGAUUGUGAUAAACCAAUAGAGUACGCACUGGUGAUAUGUGAAUGUCAUUUACCUAUUUCUAAUAAUCAGAUCACAUUAGAAACUCAAGAAAUGGAGGACAUGUUUUUGAUAGAUCAUUUUUAUAUUUCAAAUUUUUUUAGAAUGAUUAAUUCCGAAAAAAAAUAUAUUCAAUUAAUUAACUGUUUUCUUCACUUAAAUUACUCAAAUCAAAGUUUAAUAGAAAAUAUGUGCAGGAAAUACAUUGGUCCGAUAAUAAAGUCACAUCGAAAAGUAGCCGGUGAUUUCCCAAUCAUUCGUGGGAUUAAAGGACUUCGCCUAGCUGACGAUCUAAAUAUUUUAAAAAUAGUAAACAUUUCCAGCUGUCAAUUUAAUGACUAUUGUAAAAAAUCCGAAACUUGGCUUAAUUGUGUAAAGAACAUUAACUCCUGUAAAGACUGCUUGGAAGAUAGGGACAUAUGUCUCCAACGACAUUCUUUAAUAGAAAUAAAUUUAGAAAAGUUUACAUGUGAAAGUGAUAUGGCAGAGUUCGCAUUUCGUUGUAUUAAAACUUUAUAUCGAAAUUGCAUUGAUAAUUAUCAUUUGCAACACUGUGAGAACUUUACAUGUCCACAUAAUUCAGUCAAAUGCUAUAGAUCUUACUGUAUUCCACUAGAAAUGAGUAAUAAUGGAGAACCAGAUUGUCCUCAUGGAGAAGAUGAAUUUGUGAAGUCAAAAGAUGACACACAUUCAGAGCAAUGUUUCGGUAACAUCUUAGCCUAUCUAAAAGAUGUAUGUUUAACUAGGACGCCUUUUUACAAGGAUAAAGAGUUUCUUUGUUCUCCUGCUUGUCCUGAUGAAUAUACUUGCAUUUCUCACAGACGUUUGAAAGAUGACAAUACACAGUCUAUUGAGAUGUACAAAUUUCACGUUCCACUGUACAACAUUUCUAACUCAUAUUACCCAGAAAUUAUUUCAACAUACUUUCCAAUUCUGAAUAUCGUCGAACUUUCUCUCCGAAAAUGUAAAGUAGAAAAUUUUGACUUGGCUUUUAAAAACUGGAGACUUUCCCAUCUACUGGAAUUAGAUCUAAGUUACAAUAUCUUGAAAAGUAGUGACGAAAUGAAUUUGUUUCACGAUAUGAUAAAAUUAACAUUUUUAAAUCUUUCUAAUAACCCAAGCCUCAGAAUAGGGGACAAAUUUACAUUUCCCAAAAAGUUGAAAACUAUCGAUCUGUCGUACACGUCAUUUAAAUCAAUUCAAGGCAAAACAUUUGUUAAUUUAAAGCGUCUAAAAAAUCUGGAUUUACGUGGUACAAAAGUUUUAGGAUUUAAAGAUAUGGGAAUACCAAAGUUCUUCAUUUUAGACACACUGUAUAUACAAAGUGUUCAAAUCUUUCAAAUACAGCAAGAUUUUUUUGCAGGUUUAACCAUUCAAACUGGAUUAUGGACAAGUGACUUUAGAUUGUGUUGCCCUCAAAUUUUAAAUGCUAAUAUAUCUGUAGACAAAUGUCAUGGACCCACUGAUGCCAUUUCCUCAUGCAAACAUCUUAUUGGGGAUGUAUUUAAGAGACUUGUCAUUUGGAUUGUUGGUUUAAUCACAAUAGUUGGAAAUGGCAUUGUAUUAAUCUAUAGACUUGUGUGUAACAGAGAAUUAUUUAAAAAAGCUUAUGGUCUUUUUGUGACAGGCCUGGCAUUAUCAGAUUUUAUUAUGGGGAUAUACUUGAUGAUUAUUGCGAGCGUUGAUAUUGACUAUAAAGAUAUGUAUGUCUUGGAAGAGACAAACUGGAGAAAUGGGAUGUUGUGUCAGAUCUCUGGGUUUUUAUCAACACUCUCUAGUGAAACAUCAACUUUCUUUAUUUGUUUGAUAACUUUAGACCGUUACUUGAAAAUCACUUAUCCAUUUGGUGAAUAUAAAUUGUCACAAACUUGGACUCGUGUUUUAUUCACAUUAGCUUGGUUAGUUGGCAUUGUUCUGGCAGCUAUUCCUAUAGUAAUUUCGAGUUGGGAAAUUUAUUCCACUAAUGGUCUGUGUUUGGCUCUUCCAUUUAGUUCUAUUCGUUUCAGUGGCUGGGAGUUUACGUUUGUCGUUUAUGUUGGAGUUAAUUUUGUUUUAUUUUUACUCAUAGCUCUUGGUCAAGUAGCCAUCUUUGUUCACAUUAAAAGAAGAAAACAAUUUACGUCUUGCUUGAAGAAUAGUCGUAACAGAAGAUUAGAAGACUUAGCUGUUGCCAGAAAAUUGGCAUUUGUGGCUAUGUCUGAUUUUCUUUGCUGGUUUCCUAUCGGAAUCAUUGGGAUUUAUUCAAUGAAUGGACACACAUUCAACAGCGAUGUUUACGCUUGGUUUGCAGUGUUUGUUUUACCCAUAAACUCAGCAUUAAAUCCAAUCAUUUAUACUAUUCCUACUUUAUAUGCUAAAUGUAAACAAAAUACUUAAAAUACCAUAGAAAUAUAAUGCAGUACUUGAGAAACUAGAUUAAAGAAAGCUGGCCUCCAUGUAAUGAUAUAAAGAGUAUUGAUUCACGUUCACUUAAUUUUUAAUAACUUUAAUGUGAGUCUGACCAAUGCCUUUAAUCUUAAGUUAUAAAUAGAAGAAUGUGAACAUUAAUUUUGUUCUAAAUACGUAGCUAACUAUUGUAGAUUCAGUGGCAUAACUAAGGGAGG